AUGGCGUUCAAUCAAGAAAAGACUCAGUUCAAGGUCCUCAUAGCCGGGGGAAGUCUAGUGGGACUUGGCUUAGCCCUGGCUUUGGAGCGUGCCGGAAUUGAUUACGAGCUUUUUGAAAAGGGAGACUUUGCAACACAACUGGGGGCCUCUAUUGGACUACAUCCCCAUACCAUAAAGAUCCUAGAGCAACUAGGAGUAUGGAAGGAUAUUGAGAAACAAGUUGUACCUCUGCAGGGUCGAAACCAUUAUGACGGAAAUGGACACUGCUUUGAGGAGUCCCAUGUGCUGCUCCAAAUCAAUGAAAUGCUUCGACGUCCCAUUAUCUUCAUAGAGCGGUGCAAAGCUUUGCAAGCUCUAUAUAACCAUGUAAAAGACAAGUCGAAGCUGCACGCUCAAACUGCUAUUGCUUCAUAUGAAGAAACCGAGCACGGUAUCAUCGUCACCACCGAAGAUGGCGAGGAGCACCAUGGCCAUAUUCUCAUCGGCGCGGAUGGAAUCCACAGCAAAGUGAGGAAGCUGAUGUCUGACGAAAUAAGCGUGACCGAUCAGGCUCUAGCUACACAAAUAAACCAGGCAUUCAAAAGCGAGUACAACUGCAUCUUUGCCGUUUCUCGUAACGAUCCUAAGAACCAGUUCUUACCCGAUGCGAUGGUUCAUAAUGUGUACUACAAUAACCACUCUGCAGUUGCAGCCACUGGUGUGCAUGGCCUUGUGUUUUGGUUCCUUUUUGUCAAGGCUUCCAAAUCGACGAGAACCCCCAACUGCCCACGAUUCACAGACGAAGAUGCACAGGCAACUAUCCAGAAAUAUGGAAGCUCGCUAGUAGGGCCUGGAUAUACUGUGAAUGACUUAUGGGGCGCUCGGGUCAAAGCCACAAUGGUACCACUGGAAGAAGGUGUUAUCCCCAAGUGGACUCACAGCCGGGUGGUUUUGAUGGGUGAUGCUGUUCAUAAGGCUACAGUCAACCCUGGAUUAGGUGGCAAUUUGGCUUAUGAAGGUAUCGCUCGUUUGACCAACGGUCUCGUGCCUUUAUUAAGACGGAACCCCAUGCCAUCCCUUGAGGAAUUGACUGAGGUUUUCGAUCAGUAUGUUGCUGGUCAGAAGCCUCGGGCAGAAACAGUCGUUGAUGUUUCCGGUCAAAUUACGCGCUAUGAAGCCCAAGAUAGCUGGGUUCUCAAAUUUGCAGCUCGCCACGUUGUGCCGUGGGUCAGCGACAGGCUCAAGGCCAAACUCUAUGCCAGUUUCUCAAGAGCCGGCCCGUCUUUGGAAUAUCUCGCACCACCUAAGACCGAGGCAGAUCUGGCUAAGCCUCCUAGAAUGCCCAGCGUUGGAAUUUGCCGAAAGCUGAUGACAUUCAUGGGAAUGAGCGGCACUGCUGCUAUUUUCUGGCACAUGCAUAGCCAGAACCGUUUGCUCCCCACGUUCUCCGCAUUUAUGAGAUGA